AUGCCUACUAUCUCGGUUGACAAGGCCGAGCUCUUCAAGGCUCUCGGCAAGAACUACACUACCCAAGAGUUCGACGAGCUGUGUUUCGAGUUUGGUAUUGAACUCGAUGAAGACACUACCGACUCAAAGCGCCCUGUUGUCGAUGGCGUCGAGGAGCCGCCGCAGCUCAAGAUCGAGAUCCCUGCCAACCGCUAUGAUAUGCUCUGCUUCGAGGGCAUUGCCAUGAACCUCAAUGUCUUCCUCGGAAACAUUCCCCCUCCAAACUACCGCCUGGUCGCUCCCAAGGAUGGCGAGAUUCAAACCGUUACCGUCAAGGAAGAGACGUCACAAAUCAGACCUUACUUCUCAUGCGCCGUUCUGAGAAAUAUCAAGUUCACAAAGGCCCGCUACGAAUCCUUCAUCGCCCUUCAGGACAAGCUUCACCAGAACCUGGCCAGACAACGCACCCUUGUUGCCAUUGGCACUCAUGAUCUCGACACAAUCAAGGGUCCUUUCACCUACGAGGCCCAAAAGCCAGAGGACAUCAAGUUUGCUCCCCUGAACCAGACCAAGGAGAUGACCGGAAAGGAAAUGAUGGAGUUCUACGAGAAGGACAAGCACCUUGGGCGUUACCUACACAUCAUUCGCGACUCGCCUGUAUACCCAAUCAUCUACGACAGCAACCGCACCGUUCUCUCCAUGCCCCCAAUCAUCAACUCAAACCACUCCAAGAUUACUCUCGACACAAAGAACGUCUUCAUUGACAUUACAGCCACCGACAAGACCAAGCUGGAAAUCGUUAACCACAUGAUUGUCUCCAUGUUUUCUCAGUACUGCGAGGAGCCCUUCACCAUUGAGCCUGUCAAGAUCAUCUCUGAGCACAACGGCCAGACUCGCGAGGCUCCUGACCUCACUCCUCGCACCACCCAGGCCGAAGUCAGCUACAUCAACUCUAUUUGCGGUCUCAAGCUUCAACCUCAGGAGAUCUGCGACAUGCUCAAGAAGAUGUGCUAUCACGCCAAGCCCUCAUCGACACCGGACAUUCUCGACGUCGACGUCCCAAUCACCCGUGCCGAUGUCCUGCACCAGGCCGACAUCAUGGAAGACGCCGCCAUCGCCUACGGCUUCAACAACCUUGAGCGCCGCUUCGUCUCAGCAACCACCUCCGUCGGAGCCGCCCUCCCCAUCAACCGCCUCGCCGACAUUGUCCGCAACGAAACAGCCAUGGCCGGCUGGUCAGAAGUCAUGCCCCUCAUCCUCUGCUCCUACGACGAAAACUACACAUGGCUCAACCGCGCCGACGACAACCUCGCCGUCCGCCUCCAAAACCCAAAAACACAAGAAUAUCAAAUCGUGCGCACAAGUCUGCUACCCGGUCUCCUCAAGACCAUUCGUGAAAACAAGCAUCACUCUGUCCCCAUGAAGAUCUUCGAGGUCAGUGAUGUCGGGCUCAAGGAUGAGAGCUGUGAGAGAAAGAGCAGAAAUGAACGUAGAUUUGCCGCUUGUUGGUAUGGCAAGAGCUCGGGCUUUGAAGUCGUUCAUGGUCUGCUCGAUCGUAUCAUGUUGAUGUUGAAGAGCGCUUUCAUCACCAAGGAGGAGGGUCUUAGCAACCCUGCUGUCAAGGGUUACUGGAUUGAGGAAGUUGAUGACCCGACUUUCUUCGCCGGCCACUCGGCAGCUAUUUUCGUCAAGCUUGGUGACAAGCCUCAAAGAGUCGGCACUUUCGGUGUCAUGCACCCGACAGUACUCAAGAACUUCGAACUGCCCUUCCCCGUCUCUGCCAUGGAGAUUGAGCUUGAGUGGUUCCUGUAG